UCUUCUUAAUCCUACCCACAUUGCCCACCGCACGUCCAGGUGCAUUUGCAAUAAGCUGAGAGACAUGGACUUGUUCAUUAGCCAACCGAUCUCAUUUCCGCCCGUUUUACGAUUUACGAAAGCGCGAAAAUGAUGACGUCAUUCAUCCCAUGCCUUGAUGGGUUCCAUGAUUCACUUGGCAUCUGCAGGUAAAGCUGCAGCCUAGAAAGAUACCGUGCGCUAUGUCGCAUUCCUUUUAAGUCGCCCAAUUUCUUUCUCCUCUGGCACAACCAAGUUGCUGGAUUUUCGGUUACCACCAUAUCAGCAGGCAAGUAUCUACACAGCAUGGAUCAGACCUACAAACCCACGCCAUCGGCGCCCAUCAUACGCCUGAUGGUCCUCGAGACCGACAAGCCUCACCCAGACACAUACUCGGAGCGCGGCUCCUUUGGCCGCAUUAUCCACUCGCACUUUGCCAAAGCUGGACGCGCCCAUCGUCCGCCUCUGGGCGUGGAGACGGACCAAGUUUUCGUCGUGUCCGAACAAGGCGGCCGCGUCCCAACCGUGCAGGAAUUCGACGGCUUUGACGGCCUGCUCAUCACGGGCAGCAUGUACGAUGCGCACGGGAACAACCAAUGGAUCCUGGACCUGCUGGAGCUCCUCAGGGCUCUCUGGAUCAAACGCCCGGAGUUCCACUUCGUGGGCGUCUGCUUCGGCCACCAGCUCCUCGCCCGCCUCCUCGGCGGCUCCGUUGGGCCCACUCCCUCGCAAGACUGGGAACUGGGUCACUGCCGCAUCAUGCUCACGCCCGUCGGCCGCCGUCUCUUCGGCACGCGCGAGGACCACGUCCACUUGCACCAGAUGCACCAGGACCAGGUUCUCACGCUGCCCACUUCUGCGUCUGCAGGGCACGAGCUGCUCACCGCGGACACCGAGGUACUGUGCUGGGGGCGCAGCGAGCAUACGCCUGUUCAGGGGUUGUACAUCCCGGACCGGCUGUUUACGACUCAAGCGCAUUUGGCGUUUGACGAGGACAUGGUGAAACGACAGAUCCAGAUGAGGGUGGAUCGCGGCGGGAUUAAGGAUCUUGAGCAUGCGGGUCAGGCGGCCGAGACGGCACAUCUGGAGCAUGAUGGCGUUGAAGUUGCCAAAGCGAUACUGCGGUUGUUUAUGGACGACAAGGAUGAACCAUCUUAGGUUUAAGGGGAUGGGUUGGCAGUGUCUAUGGCUGUAUAUAUGAACAAGAAAGCGGAAAUUGUGAGGCACAGGUAACAGCAUGGAACUUAUGAGUAUCAUGCACCAUGGUCCCAUGGAAGCAAGUAAAUGCAAAAGAGAAUAAUUUCUAUAAAA